AUUUUACACUAGAAAAUUGAGGGUUAGUUAGGUAAAUUUUAUUAAAUGUUGGUGCACUCAUUUGUUAAUUUACACACACUUAAUUAUAAAUAUAUGCAAUCUAAAUAAACACAUAGGAAAUCAAAAAAUGACAACUUAAGAAAACAUGUUACUCAACUUUGAACGGUGCACCUUGCUAACUUAGACAUUCAUGUUAAAACAUUAAAUCAGUUUUACUAAACUACUCUUGGCUUGAAACUAUAUUAAAAUAGUAAAAAAAGGGUGUUUUGAUCUAAAGUGAAAAUGUGCACCUUGUUAACUUAAAUCUUCAUGUUUUUAGGUAGAUCUAAGUUAGCAAACCCCAAAAUCAAAAGUUUUAUAAAUGAAUAUACAAUUGUUAAUUAAUUUUUUAAAAUGGCCAAGUUAGAGUCAUGGGGUAAUUUUAAAAGAAAAUAAAUUUCUUUAAAAUAGUCAUUUUUAAUGAUGAAGUCUUUUUUUUUUUUUACUAUAAUAUUGGUACGAAGUUUCUACCGUCAUUAGCGAUGUCUAAUUUUCGUCGAAAAACCUGUGGGGCACAUAAAGUAGUUCUUCCCUUCCAAUCGAAUUUUUCUAUAUGCAUGAGCCAAUUAUUUUUAUUGAAUUAUUUUAAAAAUAGAUUUAUUCUCAGAAUAAGCUGCUUAACUUUUAUAAAGAUAAAUUUGUUUGUAUUUUUUAUUAUUAUUAUUAAUAUUUUUUUAUAUUCUAUUAUUAAUUUACUUUUAAUGAUGUCAAAAAAAAAAUACUUUUAAUGAAUUAUUUUGAUCAUUACUUAAGCUACUUAACUCCUUUUUAGUGAAACUAAAACCAUUAAAUUUCUAACAUUCAUAUCUACAUUUGGUAGGAAGAUAUCAAAGCAUAACUCUAUUAUUUAAUCGUUAGAAAUAAUAUAAGACUGUGGCUUUAUUCUAACAGUUUAAACUUUUGGGAUAAUCGGUUAUCUAACAUGGUAUCAGAGCUUCUAUGACAUAGUGGUGAAAGUAGCAUGGAAGUAACAUCUAUUCUAGUGCCCUCUGUACAAGUGCUAGCAAAUGAACCAUUGACCAAAGUUCCAGACCGAUAUGUUCUUCCAGCUCAAGAAAUUGCAGUACUAUCUAACAAUACCUCUUUACCUCAAGUUCCUGUCAUUGAUCUUGCAAAAUUGUUGUCCCAAGAUCUCAAUCUCAAGGGACAUGAGUUAGAGAAGCUACACUGUGCUGGCAAAGAAUGGGGUUUCUUUCAGGUGAUUAAUCAUGGAGUAAGUACUACCUUGAUAGAAAGUAUGAAGAGAAGUUCUAAAUCUUUGUUUGAACUUUCAAUGGAAGAAAAGAAGAAGCUAUGGCAGAUAGAAGGAGACAUCGAGGGAUUUGGUCAGGCCUUCAUUUUUUCUGAGGAACAAAAAUUAGAAUGGGGAGAUGCUUUUUUCUUGAACACACUACCACCUCACACAAGAAAACCCCAUAUAUACGAUCAUAUGCCCCAAACAUUCAGAGAAAAUUUAGAGAUAUAUUGUGCAGAGUUGGAAAAACUUGCCAACAAAAUCAUUGAACUUAUGGCAAAUGCUCUUGCAAUAAACCCAAAGGAAAUAACAGAUCUAUUUAACAUAGGAACUCAAAACGUAAGGGUGAAUUAUUAUCCUCCAUGCCCCCAACCAGAAAAGGUCAUUGGCAUAAAAUCUCAUUCAGAUGUUGGUGGCCUCACAAUCCUUCUUGAAAUCAAUGAUAUGGAAGGCCUUCAAAUUAGAAAGGAUGGACAAUGGAUUUCUGUUCCACCCCUGCCUAAUGCUUUCAUUAUGAAUGUUGGAGACACAUUUGAGAUUGUAACAAAUGGGAUUUACCAAAGCAUUGAACAUCGAGUGGUAGUUAAUUCAAAGAAGGAGAGGAUUUCCCUAGCUACUUUUUAUGGCCCUAACAUGCAAGCAACUUUGGCUCCAGCACCAAGUCUUGUUAAUAUAGAAAAAGUAGCACAAUUUAGAAGAAUUAGGGCUGAAGACCACAACAAUGGGUAUUUUUUACAAGAGCUCCGUGGAAAAGCAUAUCUAGAUGAAAUGAAGAUAGCAAAGGAUGGAGAAUAAUAAUUGCUCUUUACUAGAAAGAACAAUUGGGGAUUCUUGAGCAAAGAAAAAAAAAUGAACAAUAGGAAAUUGAGAUGGAAAGUGAAUAACCAAGUGUACAUGGUCAUAAUAAAUGCUUUUGCUUGUUGUCUUAAGAGGAGUAGUAUUGUAUAGACUAAAUUAGUAAGAAAUUCGUGUUUCUGAAUAGGUUUCGCGUUGUGUGUUGAGUUGCUGAAAUUGUACAUUUUAAGUGAGAGAUGUGAAAAAAUCAGAUUCUUACUCGGACCUAUGCA